CUGGGCUUGUCCAUUAGGGAGGGGACACGCUCUAUAGAUAUGAAUGGGUGCUGUGCUCAGUUCAGUGUAUAAGCUUGUGCCGGCUCGGUCUCCCUAGUCCUCUUCCCGUUCCUCCCCCCGUACCCAGACAUGGUGGUCAUGGGAGCCCCCAAAGUCAUCUUCAUCCCUGGAAACCAAUCCGAGCAGAGCGACUGCAAUUCCCUGGCGUCCGUCAUGUUACCCAUCCACAGCCCGUCCAGCCCGGAGUCAGCCAACGGCGAUGUCCCCCCCAGGAAAAGACAACGACUGACCCAUCUGUCCCCGGAGGAGAAGGCGCUGAGGAGGAAAUUAAAAAACAGAGUCGCAGCCCAAACAGCACGCGACCGAAAAAAAGCCAGAAUGAGCGAGCUUGAGCAGCAAGUGUUAGAUCUGGAAUUGGAGAACGAGAAACUCCUGAUCGAAAAUCAGCUUUUACGAGAAAAGUCACAUGGAUUGCUGAAUGAAAACCAAGAGCUAAGACAGAGAUUGGGCCUUGAUGCCCUGGAGGUGAAAGAUGAAGAACAGGAAAUAGGCUUCUCUGUAAAUCAGUCCAGAGAAGAUGAGGUCAGGCCGGUGACCGGGUCCGCUGAGCGCAGCACUCAGACUAUGUGCGCCUCUGCAGCAGGAGCAGGCCCAGUUGUCCCCGAACUUGACCAUGUCUGCAUGGAUUCUGACAGCCCUGAUUCUUCAGACUCUGAGUCUGAUAUCUUGCUGGGCCUAUUGGAAAGCCUGGACUCAGACAUGUUGCUCACCUAUGGAGAAGAUUUGUCAUGGAACCAGCAAGAAGAAGUUAAUGGAGUCGAACCAGAUUCCAUACCCUCCACCCCAUCUUCUCCUUUGGGGACCCCACCAAUCAAGCUGGAGGCCAUUAAUGAACUAAUCAAAUUCGACCAUGUCUACACGAAGCAGCAUUGCUCAGAGCAAGACUCCGAGCUAGAAAUUGAGACCAACGUUGUUAUUAAAACGGAGGAAGCAACUUUAAAUCCUUGUAUUGACCCCAUCAGUGUGAAACAAGAAACCCAAGAAGUUGAAGUCCCACCUGUCAUUGACACACAGAGCUUUUUGAUCUCUGCUGAAAACAUUGUGGAGAAACCAGUAAGCCUUCUGGAGACAGGCAGUGACUCUGGCUAUGAGGGCUCCUCGUCACCUUUCAGUGAUAUGCCCUCUCCUUUGAACUCUGAUCAGGCGUGGGAGGACACUUUUACCACUGAACUUUUCCCUCAGCUUCUCAAUGUCCACAUGCACCAGGCCUGUUCUCCCUCCCCUCUUGAUGAUCCCACUCUUUUCUGGAAUCCCAGCCCAGACUUCGAUGAUGAACCAUUCUAAAUGCUUUUGUGUGUUUUCCACCGUCCACAGACAGACUAAUAUUUAUCUUCGACUUGUAUUUUUAUGACAAAAAUUAUAUUACUAAAGUAUUGUAUGGUUAAUUCCAAGAGAAACAAGUAUGUGCCAUCUAACUGCUUUGUUAAUGAACAUUGCUGGUAGAUCCCAUUUAUGACCUCUCACCAAUAUGUAAAUUCCCAGCAAUUUAGUAAAAAUGUUGCAAUUAGAGUUGAGCGAACUUACAGUAAAUCGGCUCGUAGCGAACCUCGCAGCUCGGCUGUUGAUUACUUUAGUCUGCAUAAAUUAAUUCAGCUUCCAAGGGCUCCAGUUGCCUGGAAAAAGUGGAUACAGACCUAGGAGACCUAAGACUGUCAUCCCGGACUUUUCCAGGCAACCAGAGCCCUUGGAAAGCUGAACUAAUUUACACAGUCUAAAGUAAUCAACAGCCAAGCUGCGAGGUUCGCUACGAGCCAAUUUACUGUAAGUUCUUUCAACUCUAGUUGUAAUGUCUAGUAGUCUGUGUGGGGCAGAUGCUUUUGGUUGGUUCUUCAAUGGUGACACGUAAUAGGAAACUUUAUCUGACUAUCUAAACCACAUAACCUGUGUAAUGUUCAACACUUGCAGUUCUUUUUCUGUUUCCUGAAACAACAGCUAGAAAGGUUAGCUGGUUCUAAGAUACAAGACUAUUUUCUUAGUUGGAGUGGUUUCCAGUUUACUGAAAUCUAGUCAUCCACUGGAAUAGUGUACAGAUAAAACUCUUGGCAAUGCUUGACUAUGGGGAAAAAGUAGCAUGUGCUCAUUGGUAUCACUACAACCUCUGAGUCAACUGCCAGCACCAGUAGGGCACCAUCUAGGUAACAUGGCAGCAUGUUGUGUGACUCAGUAGGGACAUAUUUGGGUGUUUUCAAAUUUAUACAUUUCA